GCAGCAAAUAGACCGGAUCCGAUCCAAGAGAGUAUACCAUAUACGGUCAAAUUAAGUCCAAUUACAAAACAGACCCUAGGCCUUGAGGUUUUACAUUGCUUUGCAAGUGUGCAUUUAACAUUUCCCGAUUCAACAAAACGGUCCAAACCAAACCUCACCAAACCUCAGCGUUGUCCGUCACGAGACGACUCAACACCACCAUCCGAAAUCGAAAUGGCGAAGAAUCCAAUCAGCAGCGCCCUCAUCUCGGCGGUGGUAGUUCUGUUGCUGUUCACAUCGGCGCUCGCGAGCUCUGACUCGCCCUUCAUCCUCUCCCACAAGAAGGCCUCCCUCAACAGGCUCAAGUCCGGCGCUGAGCGCGUCUCUGUUUCCAUCGAUAUCUACAACCAAGGAUCUUCAACUGCUUAUGAUGUAAGCUUGAGUGAUGAGAGCUGGCCUCAAGAUAUCUUCCAUGCUGUCAGUGGUAACACUUCCAAGUCAUGGGAAAGGCUGGAUGCAGGUGGCAUUAUAUCCCACUCUUUUGAAUUGGAGGCCAAAGAAAAAGGAAUAUUUAAUGGUGCACCGGCUCUUAUUACAUUCCGCAUUCCCACAAAGGCCGCUCUACAGGAGUCUUAUUCAACUCCAAUUCUUCCUCUAGAUGUUCUUGCAGACAGGCCUCCUGAGAACAAGUUUGACUCGGUUAAGAGGCUGCUGGCAAAGUAUGGGUCUCUGAUCUCUGUGGUCUCCAUUGUGGUUCUAUUUGUGUACUUGGUUGCUAGUCCAUCCAAAUCCGGUGCUGCAAAAGGAGGCAAGAAGAAGCGCUAAUCACUGGAGAUGAAAUUGAAUCAAAUGGCAUUAGAGCAAUUGGUGACCUUGCGGGGUUGCGAGUUGGUUUUUUACUCGAGUUAGUGGCACAUGUUAGUUUUGUGAAACUUUCAAAAAGGACUACUUAUUAACAAGUUAGUGUAAGAAGAUGAACAAGCUGAUACAUACGGCGGGCAUAAACCCCCCAAGCAGGUCUUUGAUAAUGUUUUGUAAUGGGUAGUUUGCUCGUCAAUUUUGGAUUGAAUGUUAUAUUUUGCAUUUGAUGAUGUUAGACUUCAUUACUUGAAAUGAGACGCUGGUACUACAAAA